AUGGCCGGCGACCACCAGUGCUCCGUUUGCCAGGCGACGUUUACACGACCGCAACAUGUAGCGCGCCACAUGCGAUCCCACACCGGCGACAAGCCGUACAAGUGCCCGUUCUGUGUCGAUCAGUUCGCUCGAAGUGAUCUAUUGUCGAGGCAUGUCAACAAAGCCCAUGCCUCGGAAAAGCCGAGUUCUGGCACUGCGACACAAAAGAAGGCCGCGUCCAGAGCCACCACGUCGAAGCAGUCGUGCGACCAGUGUGUCCAGUCCAACUCUCCCUGCAAUGGUUCAUAUCCAUGCUCCCAAUGCACCCAGAACACAAUCCGCUGCACCUUCGUCAAAUUCCACAGACAGACAGCCCCGAUCGGACCAGGCCACAACCCCACAGAUGCUCACCUAACGUCCUCAACACUCCCCGCUUCUACCGCCCCCACAGACCCGCUAGAUCCUGCAGCACUCCCCACACCACCCAUGUUCCGCGAUCCCACAUCUGCCUCGAUGUACACGUCCCCAUUCCCCCCCUCUACUUCCUACUUACCCGACGACACACCCCACCCCGACCUCCCCAAACCAUCCGGCGCCGAUUUCGCGAAAUACAAGUCCCAGGCCGAGUAUAUCCGCCGAUUGCCUCUCUUCCAGCCCGCCGUGGACGCUCCUCCCCCAACUUCGACGGCCACGCCGGGGUGGGGCGAUGAACCCAGCGCGACGACCGCCGCAGAUCCGUCGAUCUCGCCCGAGGUGGAUUACGCUGGUGAUGCUCGCCGUUUGUCUAUGGAAUUCAGCAGCGACUCCUCGGCCUCGCCGUCCCCUACAUGGUCGAGCGUCCGUCUGCCCCCAGACAUCUCGGCGCACCAGCAUCCCUACCCCUACCACGCGACUCACGCGCAUACCCACAGCAAUGAUCUACAAGACGCGCUCUCCGCAAAUUUCGGGCACGACGACGGCGGAUGCGGAUUUGCGUCCGCGCUCGGGCUGAUGAGUCUCGAGGACCCGGGUGCACUAGCGGGGUGCUAUGGCUCUGACGCUGACUCUGAUGCCGUCGCGUCCUUCUUUGCGAUGUAUGCAAUGGACCCCUUCCCAGACAACCCCGGCUGCACGCCGAUGCCCCGCAAGCCCGCGCCGAGCGGGGCCUCCCGCCUGGCGCGCCCCCAUCUGGAUACCCCCGACGCACAAUUCCCCGGCGUGUGUGGUGAAGAAGAGGAGCGGCACGCGCUCGGGGACAGCUGGACGACGUACCUCCGCACACCGCCCGACGCGCCUAUUGCGCCCAGCGCGUGCAACGAGCCCAACGAGCGCGUAUGCGCAUUGGUAUGUGCAUCCACCGACUUCGCUAGCGCUGCUCCGGGCUCCACACCCCAGCCGUACCACCGCGCACGCGUGUCAUCGCUGCCACGCGCGGUGCACGGGGAUGCAGACGACCUCGGGGCGUACGCGCCCGCCGUGUGCGCCCGCCGCGCGCCCCUCCGCCUCAGUCUGGGGCCUAGGCAAGCACGCGGUGCGGGGGUUGCGGUUGCGGUUGAUGCCGGUGAUGCGUCGGGCGGGAAAGUUGGCGCGGGGGCGGGCGCUGGUGGUAGUGGUAGUGGUAGUGGCGGCGGUGCGGAAUCUGCGCGCCCGUCGUUCAAGCGCCUCGCCUCGCGCACCCUCGGCCCCGAGCACGCCAAACGCCAAACGCCAAACGCCAAACGCUGA